GGGCUCGGCGGGACGGCUACCAGACGCGCUGGAUGCGCCCUGCGGAGCACAGGGGCGCCGGAGCAACUUCCCAGUCGCAGGAGCAUCGCACCUCCCGGCUCCGACCGGGACCGGCGCCGCCGACCGGACCUCGGGCGCGAAGAUGUUGCAGCACCGGAGACCGUUUGAAAACGAGAAGCUGCAGCUCCAGGAGCUGAACCGGAGGCUCGGACAGUACCUGUCCCGGGUGCAGCAGCUGGAGCGGGAGAAUGCGCGCCUGGCCACGGAGACCGACGCGCUCCGGCGGGACCGCACCGCGGAGUGGGAGCGGCAGUACGCGGCCGAGCUGCGGGCGCUCCGGGGCGCCGUGGACCAGCUGGCUCUCGAGAGGUCCAGCGCGGCGCUGGAGAGAGACAGGCUGUGGCGAGAGUGCCAGCUGCUCACGGGGCUGUGCAGCCAGGAGGCCGGGCUGUGCAGGGAGAUAGACGGGGAGCUCAGGGGCUGCGAGAAGCAGCUGCAGGUGGCCCAGAAGAAGAACGCCGCUCUGGAGCAGCACCUCCUCCAGCUCCAGGACGAGCACGCCUCUCUAGAAGAUGCCCACAGGCGAGACCUCGCCCUGCUCCGAGAGCAGGUCCACGCCAGGGCCGCGCCUGCCCUCGCCACGCACAGGCACCAGGGCGCCCCGGCCCUCGCCGUGGAGGACGUGGAGGAGUACGCGCACUCCCUGUCCGAGGCCUGGGAGGAGACCCUGGAGGUGUACCGCAGGAGGAUCGAGGAGCUGGAGGAGUCGGCGCGGCUGGGCGAGCGGCGGCUGGGCGAGCUGCGCCGGGAGCAGGGGCAGUGCGCCUCCCAGCUGGAGCAGCUGCGCGCGGAGGCGGACCGGGAGGCGCGGCGGCACGAGCGGCUGGAGCGGGAGCUGGGGCACGUGCAGGACGCCUGCAGCUCGGCGCUCGAGCAGUACCAGGUGGCUAUUGAGCAGCUGGAAGAGGAGCGCAGGGAGCUGGCCAGCAUCAUUGCAGAGAAGCUCCGUGACCACCAGGAGCUCAUGCAGGUCAAGAUGGGCCUCAGCCUGGAGGUGGCUGCCUACAGAGCUCUGCUGGAAGGUGAGAGAAGAGAUGUCUAUCAAUGGACAGAUGAAUAUGUGAGGGAAGUCCCAAGACCUUCAGAUAUUAGGAGGGCAGCACAUACGUAUGCGGUAAAGCAGUCAUCUGUUACCAGACAUGAUGGAAGGAAGUUGUAUCCAGUCAGUAUGCUUCUUGAUACCCGACACAAAGAGCAAGCAUCAACCAAGAAUACAGUCUCCAGGCCAGCUCGCUUCACGAGCGCUAGCAUUGCAAAGACUGUUCCUAUUAGCAUUUCGGACAGGAGCUCUGAAGCCAGAAGAGAUAUCCCCUCCUUCACCAAAGCCUCACAGGCUUCUGUGAAAUUAUUCAAGGCUAAUGACUCAGAGACUGAAAGAAAGAGUACAGAUGUUCAGAAGAAAACAGUGGUAACAGAAGAAGUAGUGAAACAUUCAGUCACAGAUUCGGCUGUUAAUCUGCGGAGCUCUGGCAGUGUGAAUAGAGCUAGUCCUGGUCCUUUACCCACAGCAGAGAAGGAACCAGCUCCAGAAAAUGUUCACCUGAAAACCACAAAUAUUACGUCAUCAACUAAGGUGACUCAGCCAGAAGAACAGAGCCCAGUAAAUGUUAUUAAUGUCCAAAUGGUCAAGACAGAAACUAAAGAGGAAACAGCAGACACAAAGGUACACCUUAUAAAAAUGGAACAAACUCCAAAAAGCAGAGAAGUGAAGAUAACCCUGGAGGGGCGUAAGAUUCAGAAUGUCUUGGGAGGAACAGAGGAAGGUUCCCUUGGGAUUCAGCCUGGGGCUCGAGUUUGGGGUGAAUUGAGUGGGGAGAAACAGGUUAAAGCUGAGAAGGAGGCUGAGGAGACAUCUUCAGCUGUCCGCAAGGAUAAAAAACCAUUAACAACUGAGGAAAAGGUUUUGGACUCCAUAACCAUGGAGGAUAUCAUUGAGAAAGUGGUGAAGCCUGCUGGUUUGGAAACAGUGCUCAGCUCAUCCCCCGACUCAAAAAUCACCUACCACGUGGAGAAGACAGAGAGAGGAGAUGGCACCACCAAGACUGAGAUCAUCUUGGAGUCCAAAGUGCAAGAGGAUCUGGACACUUCAGAUGAUUCCAUACUGGAGGAGCUUCUCAACAAGGGUGUCAAGAAGGUCUCUAUGGAGGAUGUCAAGGGAACUCCAACAGGAAGUAUGAUCGAGAACUUGCUCAGUCUAGGAAUGAAAGGCAGUGAGAACCUGGAGAACAAGGCAGUCAAUGUGGAGAUUAUCGAGGAGCCACUGGAGCCUCACAGUGAUGAGGAAAAUGAAGGGAAGCCCCCACCAACGUUUUUCAAGCCCACAUCAAUGUUCUUCCAGAUUGAAGAGCUAGAGAAUGCACCUCAGGUUGCCAGAUCAUCGCAGAGCAGCACGGAAGCAGUAGGGUUUUCGGUGACAGAUGGAGAAUAUGGGAAGACCAUGCCGUUUCAAGAAGUUUACGGUGCCCAGGGCUCUUCCUACAUUCACGUUCCAGUGACGGAGUAUUUUGUCUCCACACCCGAUGAAAAUGUCUCAGAGCACGAGGAGAGUGACUUUCCAAUUUAUGAGCACUACGGAAUGGCCCAGGAUCUGUCUGGGGAUGAGUCGUACUGGCAGGAGGAGCCAGCAACUGCACAGGAACAGAGUUUCACAGAGGCAGACCAUUACAGAACCACAUACCUGAACACUAACAGAGGCGAUCACACUAUGACCAGGGAAAGUUUCCCAGAGUGCAUUGUGGAGGAAGAAGUAGAGGAGGUUCAAGUUCCUCAUGAUGUUCAAGAGUCAGUGCUCAAGCUUCUGAAAGAGGAUGAUAUGGAUCCCAAGAAGCAGCUGAAGGGGGCUUUGGAACAGCUCCAAGGAACAGUGACUGAGAGUUUCAAAGAGGAAUUAGCUAUUUUAACCAGGAACGGAAAAGAGGGGUCUGACAGCGUGGCGGUGGACAUUCGAAAAGUGGAGCAAUCAACAGAGGAUGGAUCAGUGACCAUCGUUGCAGAAAUCAACGUGUCCCAGAGCCUGGAAGAUUCAGGACUGCUAGAGGAUGAGAUUAAGGAGCUGUCUGAAGAGCAGGUAAUGUCAGCGCUGCAAUCAGCCAAUCCAGAGCUUCAUCAAGCCAUCAGCAGAGGAGGUGAGAAGAGUCCUGCUGGCGGCGACAAUAGGGAGUUUAGGGUUAAGGUUUCCAGAGAUCAGGGUGUAAGAAUGCAGGGUGUGUCGUGGGUGGAAAGCAGUGAAAACCCAGAAAACACUGGCGACGAAGAAGAGUCACAGAGUGGAGUCAGCAAGACAGUGAAGCACAUCAGGCUAGGUCCCACCGAGAAGUCCUUCACGUUCCAGAUGGACGUGACAAAAGUUCCAGUGAACGCCAGCAGCAGUCCCCAGCAGGCGCAGGCGUUGUAUUCGCAAGCAGAGAUGGCGGAGGAGCCCAACGGCAGGGAAGGGAGAGAGGACGUCUAUAGCUACUCGCAGAGGGUGACAGGGAGUGAAAACAGGGGCCAGUUGGUUUCCCACGGAAGCGACGACGACGAUCAGAUGACAACAUGGGAUCCCAGCCACGGCUACACGGCUGAACACGCUGCCUUUACCAGAAUUAUACAGACCCAAAGAGUAGUGGAUCCCCGGGCUGUGGUCAGUGAGGAAAAGAGAAUCGCUGCCAUUUACCUGGACAGUCCUGAGGAAGAUUAGCAGAAGACGCUGGAAUGUGAUACACAAGAAUCUUUAUUUGGUUGUGCUAGCAUCAGCUGAGGUAAUAAUUCUAGUUACAGCUCUAUGAGGUAAUAACUUAAACCCCUGUGUCUGCCUAAAGUGAUAAUAUAGGAUUUCACUCCAGCCUAGCAUACAGUAUAUCAGUUGCUAUCUUAUAUCCCCAGUGAGUUUUAAUAAUAAUUAACAACAGAGGUUUCAAUAUUACGUGUUUUUAUCUUAACAGUCUUGAUGCUUAAAGUAAUAAUAAUAAUUGCUUACACUUAUAUAGCGCUUUUCUGGACACUCCACUUAAAGCGCUUUACAGGUAAU